AUGCCAGUGCUUUUUUUGAAAUCGUUGAGAUCUCCUCGUUCACUAGCAAAAGAAAAGGAAAUGCUAAUCGAUUUGUUUGACGACUGGGAUGUCCUUACCAACACCUGGUUUGAGGUGGCGGAUUGCGCCAGUUUCAUCGAAGAGCUUUCUGAGAACAAAGAUUUUCCGGCACGCCAAAAAGCUGCACUCCUUGCAUCGAAGGUGGCCUUUUGCUUGGAAGACUACGAAAACGCGCUGAACUUCGCUUUAGCUGCUGAUACUCAUUUUAAACUAACUCCUAGGCCAAAGUCUAAAACUGUUGGAGAUAAGGAUGAUGAGUACGUCAACAAAAUCAUCGAAAUCGCUAUCGAUUCCUAUAAGCGUAUCAAAAACAACGGUGAAAAAAUGGAUAGUCGCUUGGAAGCACUAAUUAAUAGGAUUUUCCAGAGAAAUCUUGAGAAGAUACUCGUCGCAUCGAUAUGGUUGAGAAGGCAAUCACCAAGAGCACAGAGUCGCAUGGCACGUAAUUUUUUGUAUCUUUGUUCCUCUGCAUACGCUCAGAUAUGUAUACUCAAUGCAGGAAUAUGCUCUCAUUCAUUUUCAGUUCUCCUGCUUGAAACCAUACAAAAGGUCACUGGUGCCAAGAUGGAUGUGCAACUACGUACUCAGUUACUCGACGUCCUAGUGAAGUUGUUCACCAGCAACAAACAUGCCGAUUUUGUUGCUAUUUGUCAGUGUCUCAUCAAGUUGAACCGGCCGGAGGAUAUUGGCAGACUUCUCGAUAGACUCAUGUCUCACGCGAACGGUGACCUCAUCGCGUAUCAAAUUGCCUUCGAUUUAUACGAGAACGCCUCUCAGCAGUUCAACACCCAAGUGUUGAAUACCUACGCUAGUUUUCACCAACCAUCCCCAAGUACUCCAACGGUGAAAAAAGAAAGCGAUUCCGCUCCAACUGCGAAACUCCUAAAGAAGAGAAGGAAGGAACACCGAACCGGAAGAGAAACAGUAAAGCACCAUAUGCAGUUCCUCAUCAAGAAUAACCACACAGACAUGCUGAUUCUGAAGGAAAUGAAGGACUGUGUGAGAACGGCUACCGCACAUAAUGCUACUUUAAUGUCGAACGGUCUUAUGCAUCUUGGAACAACAUGCGAUGAUUUUCUGCGAGAUAAUCUCGACUGGAUUAGCAAAGCUACAAAUUGGAACAAAUUUAAUGCUGUAGCCACCCUAGGACUUAUUCACAAGGUAUAUCUACAACUUCGUGAUGCCCUUUAUUUGGACGAUGCUGUUUCGGGAGAAGCAGCAGGACUCGCAAUGGGACUGGUGAUGGUUGGCAGUUUGAACUCUGCUGCAUUCCAAGAUAUGGUACAGUACACUUGCGACACUCAACACGAUAAUGUCAACGAGGAAUGCGACGAGAGAAUCUCUUGUCGGCAAGAUGAGGCUGAGUCUUUCAUAGCCCAGUUGGUUGAUGUCAAGAGCAAUGCUAUGUUACGGUCGACAGGAAUAGCGAUGAUGUCAAUGGCUUACGUUGGCAGUGGACGUGCAAACGUUGUUUCGCGACUUCUGGAGAAGGUAGCUACCGACCCAAACAACGACGUGAAGAGAUUCGCUGUGAUGGGAAU